AUGCUGUUAACCCAACCUGCUACUGUGCAACCUCUCCAACAACAUCACUUCCACCGCAAUCAUCCACAACAACCCUUGCCCCAACCUCAGCGAUUCUACCCGCACUCUCUCGACUUCGACUUCGACACAACCUUGGACGACUCAGCGCACAAUAUUUCGAGUAUAUCUUCCUCGCCUCUUUCGACGCAGUCGCUUCCAUCUCACAACUACUCUUUGGCUGCCCAGUCUACCACAUUUCCCAAUUUUGAUUCUUCUCAUCUGGCAGUACCCAGAAGAGUGGCGCCUGCUACUACAACUUUCGACGACUCGUCUUUGAAUCUCAAUUUUAACCAGCUUCCACAAGAUCUCAUGCAGCCAGACGCCUGGGUUAUCGGAAACCAUUAUAUUCCCAAGCCGGUUGGUCGGUUCUCUCAUCAACGGGAAUCCUCAUUGUCAUCUUUGGGGUCCGCUGGUCCUGCUUCGCCCUUCAACCCUAACACGUCCAACCCGCACAUCGCAGUCACUGAUUCAGCAACCGACGCCUUUCAAGAGAUGCAAUCUCACGACAGCAAUUCAUUCUACCAGCUUGCCAAGGCAAUGCCAUCCCAUGACAACAUGUAUCCAAAUUACAACGGCCUCGCCACCCUCCCGACAGACAUAAGUGGAUAUGCCUCAGCGCUCAACGUACAGAGGCCGAGAUCCGACCGGAGCGGCCUUCUCCCAGCCCCAGAAUUGUCUGUUGCAGGCAGUAGGUCUCAUCCAGCAUCCGUGGCAAGUUCAGUUGCCGGUGACUCACCCGCUACACCAUCUGUUGGCGAGCACGAGGAUGACAGGAGGCGCAAAGCUGCUUUCAGCAAUGUUCCAAAGUUAGACCGUACAAUUACGGACAUUUACAACGACGAGCUAUACAGCCCCAACUUCACCAUCACUUCGGCAUCACCAGCUCAAGGUCAAAUGGCUGUCUCACCCAGUAAUGACGUCUUUGCUCAGAGAUUACAUGCUGCCAACAACCAGCAUUUGAGUGCAGCUCAAUCGCCUGCGUCUAGCGUGUCCCGAGAUCGAUCACCCUUUCGCCAAGGUUCGCCACUGGCCCCCGUUGCUAGUCAUGACUUUGGUGCUGGUUUGCCCGCCUCCAGGCUUCGAUUUAACUCAGCACAUCACAUGAGGGAGCAAAAAAAGGCUGAGCAAGACGCCCAGAUUAUGAGACAACAAAUGUCAAUGAAGUCUGAGCCGGAGACUCCUAAGACAAUAUCGCCCAAAGACGCUAUGCUCGAAUUCCACGAUGCUGAUGGAGAUAACUCGUUCCCCCUCUUUCCUUCCCAGGACCCUGCUGAUUUUGACGAUAUUGCGAAGGCAGUCGUCUCGCAAGAGCAAAGCAAUGGUUUUAAUAGACCAUCCUUACAAAAUGGAGCCGCAUUCCCCUACCUACCUACACAGCUUUCGAGCGGUGUUCAGAUACCACAGCAAUAUCCGUUCAUUGCACAUGCACGUCAAUCACAAGAACAAAUUCCCCGUCUCAGCUCUGUCGAGUCCAGUUCCGGCAUGUCAGAAGGAACACCAAGUUCCAACAGUGCUCCCAUGACAAAGCCGGCUGGCGCUGCAGCGGAUGGAGGAACUUACACCUGCACAUAUCACGGAUGUACAUUGCGAUUUGAGACGCCUGCCCUUUUGCAAAAACACAAGCGCGAAGGCCACCGACAAAUUCAGGGUAUUGGUGGCCCAAGACGAGGCGAAUCGAGCGUGACCUCCCCCAACAGUCUGCUCAACAGUCAAGCAGGCCCUCACCGAUGCGACAGGAUCAACCCCAGCACUGGAAAGCCUUGCCAUACGAUCUUUUCGCGUCCUUACGAUCUCACUCGACAUGAGGACACCAUUCACAAUGCGCGGAAGCAAAAGGUUCGGUGCAAUUUAUGCACUGAAGAGAAAACUUUCAGUCGUGCGGACGCGCUUACGCGACACUAUCGUGUAUGUCACCCUGAUGUCGAAUUUCCUGGCAAGCACCGGCGCCGUGGAAAUAACGCUUAG